GGGCCCAUUGCUGCCCGUCAUGCUGCGCCAGUUCCAGGAUGCACGUUUUGUUCUUCUACCCAAUGACGCCUUUAUCGUCGCUGUGGUGCGUUGUUGAUGCUUGCUAUCGCGUCAUGCGGCCCCCAAGCCCCAUCCACAGCCGCGGUCGCUCUGUGCCCGACGCCUCUUGCUCAGUGGCACAGCAUCUUCACCAACAGCCCAGGGUUUAUACCAGAUACCCUUGUCGUCGACGAGUAUGAGCAUUUCUUCUCCUUUGCUCCGCAGCAAAAGUCAGGAUAUGUCCGGAUCGGGCAGCCAGUGAUCUUCAUUGCAUCAUUCUCCUUGUUUACCUCCCGAAGCGACGGGAGAUCGUCAUUGCAAAGAAGAUCUCCUGCAAGGGGCGUUGGGAAACAUACAUUCUUGGCUCUUACGGAUCGACCGUAAAUGUCUGCCUCGGAACAGGCGCCAGACGCUCUACCAAGUGUCCAAUCCAAGCUCUGCGUCUUAGUCUGAAGCCUCCAAAGUGGCUUUCCUGGUGGCUUUCGCCGACCCAUGUUAUACGAAUAUGCUUUUCCGAGAGACUUUCCUGGACGUCUCCACCUGCUUACCACUGCACAACCAAAACACCUCUGCAAGGUUCAUGACGAUACUAAGGAAACAUGCUACGGAUGCGUCUCCCAAGCAAAAGGCGACAUGGACUAAGUCAUACCAACGGUAAGUCGGCGCCGAUGCUCAAGACCAGAAAGACAUCGCGAAGCUUCCCCUGGCACGGCAGCCCCAUUCGGGGUCGUGUACACACCACUUUAUAGUCGUGUAUCCCUUCCCUUCUGGCCCUUGCUCAGCUAGUUGCUGGGAUUGUGUGACGACCGGGCCUUCUAUCCUCAUUGCUUAUGUGCUUUCUUUUUCACGAGGUGCACCAUUCGCCAUACUGCCCAUCAUGACUCCCCAAAAUAUUAUGAAUACCCUGAGGUUAAGCAUUCCCUCCACUACAACGACAGACCACGACCACAAGAGUGGAAGUCCUAUCGAUAUGGAGAAAGCUCCCCCUUCAAAGGUACCACCUCCUGGACCUCCUGGACCUCCUGGACCUCCAGGCGGCUGGCUCUUCGCGCGCAUGUCACGACAACAAGAGAUUCUUUUCAAUAUAAUGGUCGCGUUCCUUCAACUUAUUCCCCAAUCAACCUUGACGACAGUUUUCCCGGUCAGCCGCGACCUCGCACAGUCUUUCACCAUAACAAACCCUUCGGUACUGCCGUGGCUAGUCGCCGCGUACGCGUUGUCCUUUGGAACUUUCAUCCUGAUCGGAGGACGACUCGGUGACAUCUUUGGAUAUAAGACCAUGGUCGUGAUUGGAUAUUGCUUCCUCAGCCUGUGGAGUGUUGUGGCCGGGUUAAGUCACUAUGUUGGCUAUGAAUUGUUCUUCGUGGCCAGGGGAUUCCAAGGGCUCGGCGCAAGUCUAAUGGUACCAAACGGCCUAGCCCUCCUAGGCCGAACCUAUCCUCCAGGAUCGAAAAAGAAAAUCCUCUCCUUCACUCUUUUCGGUCUAUGUGCGCCGGUUGGAGCCUACCUGGGGAUGAUCUUUGGAGCCUUGUUCACCAAAUUUGCAACCUGGUGGUGGAGCUUCUAUACCCUCGCCGUCGUAUCUUGUUUUCUGGCCGUCGCCGCAUCCGUCAUAUUGGUCGCUCCACCACCAACUCCAAAACAGAUGCUACCGGUCAAGGAGAAGUUGCGGGACAUGGACUGGCUUGGGGCCGUCACAGGGGUUGGCGGUCUGGUUUGUGUCCAAGUCUCACUCGUCUCUGCUCCGGCCUCGGGGUGGAGUACUCAGUACAUUUUCAUGCUGCUUAUCAUUGGCAUCUUGCUCAUUGCCUUUUUUGUCAUCACCGAACUCAAGAUCGCCGAACAACCACUGGUCCCUUUCAAGAUGCUCAGGGCAGAUGUCGGUUUUGUCCUUGGUGCUGUGGCCUGUGGAUGGGCCACAUUUGGAAUCUGGACAUGGUUUCUAUGGAGAUUUCUCCUCGGGAUCAAGCAUGACGCGCCUCUUGAGGCUGCACUGCAAGUUUUGCCAAUCGUGCCUGUCGCGCUGAUAGCCUCAGUGUUGACGGCUUGGAUGAUGCGGAAAUGUCGCCCUUCCUGGACUCUUUUCUGGGCUUUGGUUGCUUUCACAUUUGGACCUCUCCUCCUGGCCGUCGACUCAAAUAUCGACAAGACGAUAUACUGGAGCUGGACCUUUGCCAGCCUCGUUGUCAUGCCUUUUGGCAUGGAUAUGUCUUUUCCAGCAGCCACAUUAAUCAUGUCCAACUUCUUCCCUCCUCAACAACAAGGUGUCGCUGGAAGUCUCAUCAGUACUGUUGUCAACUAUUCCAUCUCGCUCGGUCUUGGUCUUGCCUCUACAGUUGAAGUUCACGUGAACAAUCGUGGCCUUGAUCCUCUCGCUGGCAUUCGCGGUGGCUGGUUCAUGGGUGUCGGCCUCGGUGGCUUGGGAGUUCUCAUCUGCGUCGUCUUCGUCAUCAAGUCUAUUUUUUAUCCGACUCCACAGUUGCCAUCAGGACCUCCAGCACGUUCUAGCCCGGAUGCGGCCAUGCAAAUGACCGCCCCAAGACCUGACAAUGAGCGGAAGACAUCGCAAGCUGCCACCGUUUCAAGUCUAGCAACGACAAUGGUGCCAGAUAGCGCUACCCCUCUGAGCCUCAAGCUCAACGAGAUCGAGCCAUUCAAGUCGUUCAACUUCGAAAACAUCCAAGGGUCGUCGUCCACAUCCACGUCCGCCCUUACCUCACCGCGAUCCCCGUCAUUCAGCACGUCACCUAACCUCCUCUCCAGCUUCCCCACACCGGCAACAUCCAAGCCCAGGGUGAACAUGCUACGUCGGAUAUCAAAGGAGCCUCAAGGGAAACGUCCCGGCAAGGCCAAUGCCGGGGAUUUGCAUUCUCGUUCGAAUUCGCAAACGCUUCUCGCUACUCACACAGCGCAACCCCCUAUAUCUGCGCUCCCGUUGCCAGCAGAACUAGAUCCGGUAUACCGCAUUCGUGGCAGCUUCGAAAGCGAGUCCAGUGGUGAGGGCCGAGCAGAGCGCUGGGAGUCAUCCACCCGCCCAGAUGGCGCUGCUCCAAGGAGACCGAGCCAGCCAUCUGGAUACGGAUAUCCCUAUGGCUCAGGAAAUGGGCUCGCCCUGCGAGACCCUGAUGGGUUCGACUACGACGCGAGACCGGUGGUUCCCAAGGGAAUGAUGGGCGAUAAAUUCUGAUCCCCGAGUUGACAUUUCUUUUUGUUCCUUUUUUCUUUCACGACUCUCUUUAGCUGCAGCUAUGAUAUCGGAAGAGUUUCUAUGGGGCCUUAUCGAUGGCGUCUGGGUAUCAAUGGCGUUAAGCGGUCCAAAACGGCCUUUGGAAUGGCGGAAGGUGUACAAGGAUAGAAAAAGAGGGGUCAAAAAGAUGAGAAUGACACGGAUCUCGGGGAGUCGGGAUAGACGUGAAUGUUGGAGCCUGCAGCAAACAGAUAAUGGUCUACGCUUUCUUCUCUUGAGGCACUUUGCCUCGUCCGACUUACAUAGGGACGGUUUGCAAAACGGCGCACAGAAGGGCUAUGAAAACCCCAAACGCGGGUAUGAAUGGAUGAUAUUAAGCUCCGACUUUCCUAGCACUGCCAAAUGGUAUUCGAGAUCUGACUUGGUUUCGUACUUGAC